CGAUUAUGGAAAAUAAAAUUUGUUUUUGGUGUAGGGAUAAGUAAAUAGCUGAUCAAAAAGUGGAAUUUGUUUGACUUCAUGUGUCGACUUUGCGAUUUGUACAGACAUCCUUUAAAUGCUUCACAGAUGACAAUAGAGGGUUCAGCUCUGUAUGCCAUGGACAUCUUCCCUGGGGGAGGCAACAGUACUACCGGGCCUAAACACCCCAACCCUCAAGAUGCCAAUGCGUAUGAAGAUUACGAGACGUUCUAUCUACGCGCUCGGUUCAUCACAGGACUCGUUUUCUACCCGAUCGUUUGUUUAUUCGGUAUGACUGGAAACGUCAUGUCGAUUAUCGUUAUGUCCCAGCGCCAAAUGCGGUCUUCGACGAACACAUACCUCUUUGCGUUGGCCGUGUCUGAUCUAAUAAAACUGUUCUGUGAUUUUCUCUAUUUCACAGUGAUAUUGUUGUUCCAAAUCGACACACCGACAGGAAACAAAGCUUACGCAUUCCUUUACCCAUACGCGCAUUACGUUUUCAACGCAUCACUGUGCAUAUCAGCAUGGUUAAUAGUGUCAGUUGCAGUAGAACGCUACGUUUACGUCUGUCAUCCUACAAAAGUAAAGUUUUAUUGUAAUAUCUACAAAGCACGCAUCAUAUCAUCUUCAGUUUUCAUAAUGAUGGCAGUUCUCGCAGUACCAUAUGCCAUGCGAUAUCGGACCAUUCAGCGAAUAAACAACGUUACAGGACAUGUCGAGUAUGACGCCAUUGUAACGGAACUUUGGCAGAACCAGUUAUUUACAGAGAUAUACACAUGGUUUCAGAAUCUCAUGCGUUCGAUCAUUCCACUUGUUAUAUUAAUUAUUCUGAACACGCUCAUUAUUUACGGUUUACGAAGGUGUCGAAUUUUCCGGUCAAAGGCUCCGAAGAAACAUCGAAUUACCACUAUGCUGGUGAUUGUGAUAAUCGUUUUUCUUGUCUGUAUUACCCCUGACACAAUCAUGUCAACCUUCUUCGGAUUGGGGUAUUCUGAGGAGAAUUAUCUAGCUAGAGGGAUUAGAGAAAUUACUGACUUGUUGCUCCUCAUCAACUCCGCUACUAAUUUUGUGAUAUAUUGUAUAUUCAACACAAUAUUUUGGUGCCAGUUUCAACGGAUAUUUUGCUAUACAUGUCGGCGACAGUCUGGCAUCACAGAUACAAGAAACAUCUCUUUACUGGAUAUAGGAUCAGCCCGAUCGUUAUUUCGGCGGCGCAGCGAACUGUGAACACAUUUUUGUAAAAACCUCAUUAACGAAUUAUUUAUAAAACGAAAUUGUCAUGAUUAUAUUAGCUUACAAAAAUCAGACAUUAAUCUGAGAUUCAAUUUCAUUGACUAUUUUGUCAACGUUAUCAGAAAAUCAUAGUUUAAAUGCUUCUAUCAAUAUCUAUUUUAUAUUUAUUUUGGUUUGUGUUUCCAUUAUGUGCUUAUGACACAUGCCAAUAAUCAGGGUCAACAUUACUUAGUGUUAAGGAAGAUGGAGCAGUAUUUCAAUAAUGCCUACAUUAUAUUGUGGUAUAUAUUUAAAAAUUUACGCAAUACAGUCUACGUUCUCAGAAUUAUUUUUAAUAAAAUAC